AAAAUGUAAACAAAAAACAUAAAAAAUUUGGAAUAUAAAUAAUCUCCACCACACAUGACUAGAAAAAGGGAAGACUAGAGAUACAAUUGAUAUCGUAAAUGCACGAUAACUCGUGUUAUACAUAUCAACAAAUUAUUGAUCAGUUAGGUAUCUAUUCAGUUUGAAGUAUGUCUAUAGUAGCUAAUGUGUUGUUAGACUGGAAAAUUUCGCUCCUUGGCUUUUGUUUACUGGCUUUCACAUCUCUAUUAAACACUAAAAUUGCCAUUUUGCCCGUCAGUUGCCUAACAUUUAUAAUAUGCUCUGUGCUCGUGUGGUUCACCUCGAUGUGCCUGACGUUGGUUGGCCUGCAUAAGUUGUUACAGAAAAACGAGCCUUUGGAAUUUAGCUUAAAAAAAUUUAACGCCAAGCAAACAACUCUGAAAAAACAAAAGAGUGAGCUAAAACCUAAUCCCGAUAGAGUAAAAGAGUUAACAAAAGAUAUCGACAGAUAUUUUAUCAAUAAGUGGUACACUAACAUAAGUAAGGAUGAUGAUUUUACAGAAGAAAGCAAGUUGUUUUUAGAAGAGGUUAUUAAUAGGUUAGCAGAGGUGCAGCUCUCUGUUAAUAAUAAAGUUUUGUUGCAUGGGUUCUUGAAUAUCUAUUUGAAACAUUUGAAAGAGUUUCGCAGAAGUUUGAAGAGAAAAGAAAAAUAUAAUGGGAAUAUUGAAGAGUUAUACAGAUAUUCUCAUAUAUGCAGUUCGUCAAAGCCUAAAGACUACUUCAUACACCAGCUGACAACAAAUUUACUCAGGCAUUUCAUAAAUUCCGAGCUAUGGAACUCUCUACCAUGUCACGUGCUCGUGUCAAUUCUAGCCAGAAAACUUGUAUUACAUAUCCUAAAUUUAAGUUCGAAUCCAGAGAUACUAAACUACAUAUUCCUGAAUCUGAUUGCCUCUAGUGGUAUUAAGGAAAAGUACAACUUAUCAAAAUACACCAGAAUAUCAAUCACGCAAUACUAUGAUGUAAGAGAUUCAAAAGAUGCUCAAAAAGUGACUGAAGACCAACCAAAGCAAAUAGAUAAACCUAUUGACAUUAGCACUGAAAAGACAGAUUGUGUUAGAAACCCUGUAGAGGGAGAAGAUACAGUGGACAUUUUAAAAGUUGCUGAAACUAGUGAAGCAAAAAUAGAAGUUAAAACUGAAAUUUUGCCAAAGAAAAAUGAAUCAGUUCAAACAAAAUCACCGAAGAAAGAUCAUUUUUUGUCUGUAGAGAGAAAAAGGAGCCCUUUAAAGAAAAGAAUAGAUGUGGCAGAAGAACCUAAAGAAAAACCAAUCGAAGAGCACAGAACUAGAACUGAUCCUGUAAAAAUAUAUGAACCAAAAAGCAGAAAUACCAAAACCUGGCAUGACUCCAAAGACAUCCUUGGUAUAUCCUUGGGCCAAGACCCAUUGGAUGCUUUACAAAGUAUCCCUGAAACAGGAAGACCUAUUGGAAAAAGUACAUUUUGGGACACGGUAAGAGCAGAACACAGUAGUGACGGAUCGCCACCAACAGCUGCUAAUAUUUUGUUAAAUGAAAUGAAACACACAACACACACCACAAUGGAAGGCUUGAAAAGUUCCAUCAAGCCAAUCAGUGAUGCAACAGUGCAUACUUUGCACAACAUCAAGGACCUUCAAGAAUCCACAGUAAAUAACGCGCUAAACAAAAUCGGCGACUUCCAGGACGAGGCGGCGGGGGUGGUGGAGGGCAUUUUGGAUUUUGGCCGAGCUGGAUUUCGAAAAGGACUUCGGCUUACUGGUCUACAGGAUAACAUUGAAAACGCUAAGGCUACUCUGAGCAUUUCGUCAAACGCUAACAAGCAACAACCGAAGAAGAAGCCUGCCAGACUUGCCAGGUCCGAGUCACCGGAAAAAAUGAAUUCGGAGGAUAGCCUGGAGUCUGUUUGGAUUAAUCCUAUUCAGACAGAUUCGCCCAACUAUGAUGGUCAGAUAUUAUUGGAAAAACCAAAAAAUUCUGAUGACAAAAGCGUUCAACCUAAAGACCUACAAAUUCCCUUCAUAUCAAUGGAGCAGCCUGAAAUUGGAACAGAUAGUCCAGACCCAGAAUAUGAAGACACAGCGGAUCUAGCGACUAGCAUUGCAAAGCUAAGAUCUCUUUUACAGCAGAGAUCUUCGGAGUCCAGUUUGUCGACACCUGCAUUAAGCCCCAUAUUUGUACAGGCUAAAUAUUAUGGAACCAAAAAAUCAUCAGCAAAUGAUAGGAUAACGUUUUUUAAUGUUAGGCCGCCCGAUGAAUUUCCCCAAAAAUCUAUUGAAACGGAGAACAUCUCAGAUGUGGAAGAUGUAGACGGUGUGAUGCCCAGUUUUUACAAAUUUUGUGCCAAGACAGCGACUGGUGUAUUCGACAAAACAAUUAACACUAUAAAAACAGCUCUGCCAGGAAAUAUCCAGGUGGAACAGUCGGAUAAUGCUUGGAUUUUCAUACAGUCGGAUCAAACUGAAGCAGACAUUUUGACCCGCAUGAAAAAAUUACUUACCGAACGAAAAGAGUACUGCACUUUAGACACAGAAAUUGACACAGCCUAUGAGGCGAUAGAUUCUCUGGAUACUUUCCAAGCUUCCGGUAGCGCUGUGUUUCCGCCCCAUUUGGAAUUUGAAGAUGAAUUGGAUGAAUUUGAGAUAAAACUUCCCAUUACCAAAACUCUGUUAGACAUUAUGUGCGAGUUACUGGCAGACACAAAUUCUCCGUUCUUGCAAGAACCUUUCGUCAAGGCUAUACUGUUAUCGUUAGGCAACACAAUCGAGGGAUUUGUCAUAUCGAAGGCAGACGAAAUCAUCCAGAGUUUGUGUACGGAUUUGAUAACGAUACCCAAGAGUAACGAAACGAACACAUUACCGAUGGAAAUGGAUGUGUACAUUGACGCAUUGUUGAGCAGUAUUCCAGAUGCCGUAAAAUUGACGUUUGGAAAAUCGACGCUUGUUAAAUCUCUCACUCUCUUCGUUUCCUCCAUCCAAAGUCAAACGAUCAACCAAGACGUAGUUCUACAGAUAUUCGAAUUAAUCGUUAUGAAAUUAAUUGAGGAAAGCACUCAAAUCUCUCCGCCAGCUUCAGCGUAGCUAGAUUACUGAUAGUUUUAAUUUUGCGCUAAAACUUAACUGUUUAUGGCCUAAUGUCUCUCUAGAAUUUCAGUUGUAUGAAAGUAUGUAUUUUCAUUUCUUUCCAGUUCAUAAGCAUAGCUUGAAGGAUGAAAUAUAUUCAGAAUGUUGUGUUAAUCAUAAUUAUGUUCUAAAAACGAUAUGAUUUUUUUGACGAGUCGUAUCUAAGUAGGUGCAAUGUAUAGUAGGCCCGAUGUAUAGUAGGCCUAGUGUUUUUAUUUGAGAGAAGAAAUGAAUGUUAUAUAUAAGAUACCUUUGAAGAUUCAUUUCACAUUACAAAAACUUCAGACUGCUGAUUUGACGCUUACUCUUGUUCCUCCUUUAAACCAAAGACAAAUUUAACAGUAAUAGGGUAACAAAAGCAAUGACAAAUGAAAUAGUUGACAAAAAACAGUAUUAAAGAAACAGUAAUGGAAGUUAGUUACUAUUGGGUUAUAAAAAAUUGUAAUUCGAUACUAAAAUUUACAUUAUCAGUCCGUUUAAAAGUGCUCGAGAGUUAAAUGAUUUUCGAGUGUGACAAAUUCAUCUUAGGCACAGGUUGUUUUUGCAAAAAUGUUACAAAUAAUUACUUUGUGGUAAUAUAUGGAUGAAGAUUUUUUUUUUCGUAAAAUUCGGUACUUAAUUCACAGAAACUGUUAUAUCAUAUAAAUUAUUAAAACACAUAUAAAACCAUAUUAAAACAAUAAAAUUUCUGUUAUUAAAACAAAGAGGUGUCCAAAUUCCAAAUGUUCUCGACAAAACGAACAAAUAUGCGGGGUAGAUCAGCUUAUACAUGUAAAACAGUCAUAAAUAAUGUUUCGUCAGAGUUUUAUUGCGGUAGUGCAGAAAUUUCAGUAAUAAAAACGUUCGUAUUUCUUUAUUGCAUGUUAUGCAGUUAAGCAGGGAAACAAUAUUAGGAGGUUCAAAAAAUUGGAUUUUUUUAAUUGCAUAAAUUGUUAAUAUAACUAUUCAAGAAUAUGCUGCCAAAAUUUUAAAAUGAAAUUUGUAUUCAUUCCGAUUUUAUGAGCCUAAAACCGAAGGUCCAUCGGGUCAGCGCUCGGGCCUACAGCAGGUAGCAUGGAGCGCUUGUUUGGUAGUUGAGUCACUUAUUAAGCAAGAAAAGAGCAGAUGCAAGCUCAGAAUGACGCCUAUGAGGAAGACUAAGCGUCGUUUCACACUUGCCGGACCUUUUUUACACGUAAUUUAAUUUUCAAACCGGUUUGGCCGAUAUUAGUCUCAGUUACAUUUUGAUAAGAGAUGAAGAUGAAGAGAUGAAUUGACACACAUUACAAUUAUUUGGCUUGGCUACUGCCGAUGUUGUCGUAAUAAAAAAAAAAGGUUUCAUUGGGUGCAUCCAAUAAAUAUGGAAAGGGAAGAGCAUUUUAGAUAGUGUUUGAAAUUCUGCGACUUUAUGAAUUUUUUUUUGUAACUCUUUUAGAAUGUCAAUUUCCUCCUUUCAGUAUCUACUUCUAGCAUACAAACAUUCAAGAUAGUUGCAUAGAAAUAUAUAAAAAAAUAAUUGACCCGUCCUGUUCUUUUGAAUGAAACCGGACGACUGAAACCGGCAAGUGUGAAAGCGUCAUUACAAAUCUACUCACUACUACCACUUCGGUCGCCGGUUAGCCAGUACACGGCAGCCGGGCUAGCAGUGGUGGCGACCGGCCAUAACCCGGCAGCCAUUUGCCGGAUAACUCCUUCCGUCACGUGUGAAAGCUGCCAUAAGACUGUACACUUUGCUGCAGACAACUGGAUCCGGUUAGCCGGGUCCAUCAUGUGUGCAACGGGUCUAAGGACUGUUAUAUGGUGCUAGAAAUGCUGAUUGAUCGGAAAGCGUGUAUAUUAUUGAUAACUUUCUCAUAUUUUUAGUUUUCGGAAAUUUUCACUCCUUUUUCUCAAAACAACAUUUUUUUGAUUCACGGAAACUCUGACUGAAAAAGUUAUGAACCGAUCAUUAUGAACAUUGAAAGUGUGUUUCUUUAUUAAAUUACAUAGAACAUAAACCAACAAUUGGGAUGAUCUCUGAGGGUUGCUUUUGGUGUGCAGCAAAAUGAAACUCUCUGUCAAUGGUAAAUAAAAGGUAUCUUUUAUUGAAAACACAAGUGCAGUAAAAAGAAAUGUCGGGGCGAGCGUUCGUUGGAGAUAUAUUUUUUGCAAAUACUUUUUUUUAUCACACCACAAUAAUACAAAGAUACAUUUUUGUAACCGCUGACUCCACCGAUAACGUUGCCUCUUAUUACCUUGUCCAUUAAUUAAUUAUUACAGGCCAUGUUAGUACAUUCAUUAUCAUUUAUUAAUACACCACCUUUCACCUCUUUUUAUGUAGUAUGUAAGCCAGGGACAAUUCCAGAGGUUCCCAAUCAGUUUAAUCAAUUUUGAUUAUUAUUAAGAUAACUUCCUUAUUUGAAAUGAGCGCUUUGAAGCUGAUGAGAGUCUCAGGCGGCUGUGCAUGGUCUCGUUCAAAAGGGGGGAUCCUAAAGUUUUGUUAACUUGUGUUUCUGUCGUCAUCAUGCGUUGGAACAACGAGCAGCGGUGUUUGCCUUAGAGGUUUAUUUUUCCAACAGCCGUUUACUGCAUACAAGUGCAGUAAAAAGAAAAAAUUGUCGGGGCAAGCCUUCGUUGGAGAGUCCCCUUGUGGAGUCACUAGCAGGUAUCAGUAUCCAGUCCCUGACGUCAAUCUACCAACUUUGCUGGCCUUUUUCCUGGAACCAUAGUGUGUGUGCCCUGCAUUACACAUUUUCGUCCAUUUCUUGUCGCUUGCAAUUGUCAGACUGGUCCAGGCUGGUGCUCUUAAUGUGAUAUUUAAAUGGUCACAUGCAGACAUGUGUACCCACGCACCUCUUCUUUUUACUGCACUCAUGUUUUCAUUAAAAGAUACCUUUUAUUUACCGUCAAGAGAGAGAGAGAGAGUUUCAUUUUGCCGCACACCAAAAGCAACCCUCAAGUGAUGAUACCAACGUGAUAUUUAAAAGGGUCACAUGCAUGUGUACCUACACAUCAUAAUUUUAAGUGUUAUUUAUUCAAAAUAAGUGAAAAAAAAUGGUGAAAAUCGAUACAUCAUUUUCAAACACGUGUCAAAACUUAAAUUUUCACAAUUUUUAUCCGCAAUGAGGUUCAUAUUCUUAGAAAACAUGUUUACCUACGACCACUACUGUAAAUACUUAAAAACACACCG